AUGGCUCCUGUCGAAGAAGCUUAUUCUCCCCGCACUAUCCGUGCAAAGACUCCAAUUUUUGAAGAUAGCAGCAAUGUAUCCAUCGACUUGAUCUCUCAGAAUAUGAGAGUAGUGGUGAAAAAAAUCCAGGAUCUUCGACAUUUGGGCAUUGAAAACCGCAGCCUCCCCCUUCCAAAGAUUGUGGUAGUUGGAGAUCAGAGUGUUGGGAAAAGCUCGCUCAUCGAGGGUAUGAGCGAGAUCAAAGUGCCUAGAAGUGCCGGGUGCUGUACAAGAUGCCCUCUAGAGAUAAAUCUUUCGGAGAGCGAGUCCCCAGACGCUCCGUGGACGUGCAGACUCCUCCUUAUGAAGAGGUAUAUGUAUGAUACGUCAGGGCGGACCCAACGCGCCACGAAUACCCGGCCCCUAGGCCCGUGGACUGAGCAAGACCCUGAGGAGUUGCCCUUUGCAACACUGACUAACAAGGCACAACUCCAGGAGCACCUCAGAUGGGCUCAGCUAGCCACGCUCAACCCUGGACGUAGCCACACUGAUUUCAUUCCUGGUGAGGAUCAGGAGACAGAUGGCACUUACACCCAGGUCAAGUUUUCUCCCAACGUUGUCCGCCUUGACAUUACAGCCCCAAACUUUCCCAAUCUCUCCUUUUAUGACUUACCCGGAGUCAUCAAUGUUGCUGAGCUGGAUGAAGAGCGCUACUUGGUCGACUUGGUUGGAAAUUUGGUAAAAGAAUACAUCAAAGCAGAAAACUGUAUCAUCCUACUUACCUUGCCGAUGACCGACGAUGCAACAAACUCGAGUGCUGCCAGGAUUAUCCGUGAUAUCCCUGGGGCCAGGCAUCGGACUAUUGGGGUCCUCACCAAGCCAGAUCGUGUCGAGCUCAAGAAUGGGAAUGAAUAUGACCAGUGGCGUGAGAUACUCCGCGGUGACAAAUUCUCAACUGGUCAUGGAUAUUACGUGGUCCAAAACAACCCCGAUCCGAGAGUUGACCACGCAACCGCUCGUGUAGAGGAAGGCCACUUCUUCUCUCAUCCCCCAUGGCAAACGGAGCUUGCAGCUUACACCGACCGAUUUGGCACCCGCCGCCUGCAAACAGCCUUGUCAAAAUUACUUCUAAAAUUGAUACAAGACUCUCUGCCCGGCAUCAUAGACCAGAUCAAUAUGCAAGCUAAUCAUGUUCACGAGGAAUUGAAGAAGCUCCCCAACCCUCCAUCAGCCAACAUUCCAUACAUACUAUGCCAAAAGCUCAACGUGUUUACGAACAACGUCCAAAUGCAUGUCGACGGAGGAUCUCCCAGGUUUCCAUUUUUGAAGCAAUGGGGUGCCAUCGCGUGCGAGUUCCAGAAAUACCUCGCCGAAUCCAGACCCAGCUUAUGCCUUACUGAGCCCUCUGACUUUCGAUUGCAGUCUGUUCAUCCGGAGGGCAAAAGCGAAGACACAUCUGGCAGUUCUAAGACAAAUCAGAAACGUAGAAACCUGUCUCAGACAAAUGGAGGAGGCAAUAUCAAAAAGAUGAGAGCAGAGGAUCUAGCCAAUGGCUCUGCGUCUACUGCGUCAGCUGCGCCUGUAUUCAACACCCAAGGCCAUUUUGAGAAAUUUCCAAAACCAGCAAAAUGCUUUAACCUUAGUGAAAUUCGCAACGUCAACACCGAUACAUAUGUUUCUGGUGUUCCAGGUCUGGGGAAUCCCCAUGCCGUUGAGGCAAUUAACAGAAUCAGCGUUUCGCACUGGGACGACCCAAUGAAGAUGUUCCUGCGAGUUACAUACGCCUUGAUAUCCGACGUCCUUCUGGACGAGAUGCGCUCAGUAUUUGGACAAUAUGAGCAAACAGCCUUGUUUGACGAGCUGAAGGUGAUAAUCGUUGACUUUCUUGAGUCAAUCCGCAUCGAUCAUUUUAAACAGGCUGACGAGCACUUUAACAUCGAGUGCCUAAAGCCCUUCACCAUGGCUAAUGCUUUGUUCCAGCGUGGGCAAGAGGAAGCCCACGAAUUCUUCCAUACUAAACGUCAUGAAGCCAGGGCCAAACACUAUGCCAAAUCGCUUGACGCCUUUCAGCAAGCAGCGGGCAUAAACACUAAAACAGACCCAAAUAAGGUGACAAAGGAAAGCUUGGGACCGGACGAUUUUGCCAAGGAGUUAGAGAUCAUGAGCGCAUCCCGUGCGUACUAUGAUAUUGCUUCAUCACGUUUCGUUGACACAACGUGUCAAGGAAUUCAUAUCAAGCUUUUUAUGCGCUGCAGAGACGAGUUGAGAGGAGUGAUUGAACAGAAACUUGGUAUCUUGGGAGAUAACGCUUCUGAACGCUGCAUGGAUUUGAUGGUGGAAGAUCGAGACAGACAAGUGAGGCGGAUGUAUCUUCUUAAGGAAAAGGAGAAGCUUGACAAAGCUCAGGAAUGGCUGAGAGUUGCGGAGAAGACUCCAGAGCCCCUUUUCUGUGAUUCCAACCCUGUCUAA